UGACGGCUUCACACUCAAAGCCGCGGCUCGAGAUUAUAAACCAAAAGCCACUGCCCGAAAACCAGACACUCCUCACUCUUUCGCUCCUUGAUUUUAUCCCGGAGAUCAGUCGUACACGAUGCACACACCGUUCAUGGACAAAACACCCCACCACCGCACCGGCGUUGGCGCCGCUGGCCGGCUGAAGCAGAGGCUCGCGCUGCUCCUUGUGCGUUCUUCUUGCACCACGAACACGACCAGGACCACAACCACAUCGGCCACCACCUUCGUUAGCCUCGAUAAGGCCACCGCCAACCCCCGGCAAGAGCCACGACAUUCCCCUGACUUGUGCACCAACCAGGGGACCAAGCUCGAGGAAGGAAGCCGUUCACGCCGCCACCGCCGCCGCAGCGCGUCAGUCGUCCAUGCCUCCACCGAUUGCACCGGCACGGCGUCCGGUCGCCGUUCGGCCCGCUCCGACGUCCCCGGCCUGUCGUCACCGUUGCCGACGAACGAUGCCAGGAAGCAGAGCAAGAGCAGGGGCAAGCCGCGUUCUCCGUCGGUGCCAAGGCGCCACUGCUCGUACUACUCCAGUGGGCGUGGGCGGCGACCGCCGAUGGCCUCCACGCCGUACAGCUUCUCCUCGUCCACCGUGACCGACGACGAGAGCGGCGAGGAGGCCGAGACGCGGACGCUCUUCUCGUCCCUCAGCUUCUCCUCCGACUCCACGUCCGAGUUUUACCACACCAACAGCAGCCGUACCUCCAGGAAGAGCCACAGGAACGCGCCUCGCCGUGCGCGGCGGCACUCUUCCGUGGCGGCUAAGCACCACCAGUGGAACAACAAGGAGGAGGCUGGCGCCGUCGGCGAGGGAAUGGCGGUGGUGAAGCGGUCGAGCAACCCGUACGCGGACUUUCGGAGCUCGAUGGUGGAGAUGGUCGUGGAGCGUCGCCUCGCCAGCGCGGGGAAGAUGGAGGAGCUCCUGGUGUCGUACCUUUCGCUCAACUCGCCAGAGCACCACCCGGCAAUCCUCACCGCCUUCGAGGACGUCUGGGAGGCCGUCUUCGGACAGGCGUGAGAGAGAGCCAAGCUAAAGAUGUUCCUUGUAGUAGUUUGUUAGUUCAGGAUCAACUGUUCGCACGUACGUAGAUGCAGCAAUCGCGUGCGCGCUAUUGUUUUGGGUUUCAAUUCGUCCUAGUUUCCAGAUGUACAUGACAAUGUAGAGUUGGUGGCAUUGCUCGUGCGUCGUGCCAUCGAAAUGUUGAGGUGCUCAUAUUGUUUCUACGGCUCAACGGCCCUAGUUGAGCACUUCGAAUUGUAUGAAUAAUUUGUGUUAGUUUUUGUGUCGGCAAGCGCUGUAUGUCGAUGAUUCUCGGAUUUGAA